CUAGGAGAAAGGUUCAGGAUAUAUAACUGAAUAUUUAACAAAACUGAUCUUGAAUUUCUGACUUGAUACAGAGAUAUACUUCUACCCCAAACCAGUCUGUCUCCGACCUCCAAAAUCUCACACAUACCCCGCUCAUAUAGCCAUCCCAGACUCACUUCUACAUCCAACCAGUCACUUUCUCAGCUACAUUUUCUCACACAAAUCAUUAAGUUUUUAAUUGCCUGGGUAUUCUAGACCAUAUCGCAAAUCUAAGAAGCUACGACACCAAACCAGUCACUCCUUAACAUAAAUAUUCUCACACACACCACACUCAUAUCAUAAAGGGUCUUAAUAAUUCAUAUCUUCUGUACUCUAUACUAUAUUGCAAUGAUACAAAACUUAAUGUAUACUGUGCAACACCUUACCAGUGGAGAAUUAGGGAGAAAAUGAAUAACUUUCUUUAUAAGAGGGAGAUUCUCGCCUUGAUGGUGCUUGUGACUGCUGGAUUAUUGACACCUUCGGAAGGACAUAACUCAGAAGAGUUCCAUCCCCAGCUUCUGAAAUCCUUGUCAGCUUCAGGAGACACCAGUCAUAUAGGCCUAGAACCGUCAACUAUCAGAGCACUUAGACUCAAGAAUAAUGGCGUAGGCCACCCUCCAGGAUUUCCUCAUGGAUUGAGGAUGAUCAUGAAGGAUUUUCCAAGAAGGAUGGAGAGUGUGAUUCAAGGAGCCAAGGAAAAUGGGGCCGGAAAGAAACCUUCUAGCGAUGGGGAUGGAACCACUCCUAGUUAUGACUCUGAAGUGAUUGCGGAGAAUGAAAACGAGGAGGAAAUGGCAGAACUGACGACGGAGGAUCCUAAAGGAAUAGAUGGAGGCAUCAUUUUAACCUUCGUCCUGUCUAUAGAGGGGAGCCUGAUAGUCGUAGGCCUAGGUGUCCUUUGGUGCGUCGUAGCUUACUACGCCCGUUACAGAAAAGGAUUUCUGGACAAUUUUAAGACCGGUUACAAGAGAGGCGAAGACGAGGAAGGGAUCCACUUGGAGCUCUUCGAGUACUCAACCAAGAACAAGAAUCCCAAGGCGGUUCAAGAUGUCCGUCAUGGAGAGAAGAGGAGACCGUGAAAAAAAAAAAUCUAUUAGGCCUAAUAUUUUCCAUCUUCUAAAGUUAUACAUAAGGCCUAUUUCUUCCUAUGAUCUAAACUCUAAAGUGAUAACAAAAUUAGGCCAUGUUUUUUUUUCCACCCUUUAAAGUGACAUAUUAAGUCCUUUUUUUCUUGUUCUAAAGGUAUAAAAAAAUUAGGCCUAGUUUUUUUACAUCUUUUGAACUGAUACAUAAGGCCUAGUUUUUCCUAUGAUCUAAAAUGAUAACAAAAUUAGGCCUACUUUUUUCCCACCCUCCAAGUAAAUAUAUAUAUAUUU